AUGAUGUUGCCGAUUGUUGGAGGCCGGAGUCCGCUGUUUGCGCUGUCGGUGAGCGCUGGUUUCGUCCUGGUCUUCGUCUUUGCCUUUAUGACUUGGCAAAGCCCGCCACGGUAUACUUUCACUCGCGGCUCGCCAAACACAAAUAUAGCAGCAGCCAACGCGCAAUCCGACGUGUCCAUUAGCGAAGUCAUCCGGUUACUGUACCAGAACAUCAAGCUGUCGCCAACCGCGCCUUUCAUCCGGGAGGCAAAUGGCACCCACAUUACCCUGCCGCCGAACCCGCGCUACACAAAGACCAUGGGCAGCGAUGUGCUCGUCCUAGAUCUCGAGACUCGCCCGCUCGCGUCGACCACAGCUUACAAGAUGGGCGCAUACGAUUGGCGCAACAUCGACCACGUUACCGGCGGUAUCUUCAACCACUACACCUAUGCGCUCGUCCACGGCUAUGACUACAAGCUUGUCCAGGCGCACGAAUUUGAAGACCGACACGCCACCUGGAUCAAGCCCUCUGCGCUCGCGAACCACAUCAAGAACUACAAGUUCAUCGUCUUCCUCGAUGCAGAUGCCGCUUUCCGCUUCCUUGACGUCCCCCUCGAGUGGAUGCUGAACUACUGGGACAUCAAGCCACAUCACGCUCUGACCAUGGCCUUGGACCCCUGGAGCGCGAAGGAGCCCCAAUACAACUCGGACCGCUUCAACCGCACCUACACAAACACCGGGUUCAUGAUUGUACAAAACAACGAGCAUGUCAUGCCCAUCCUCAAGGCAUGGCACGAAUGCCCCGAUGACACGCGCUACGCAAACUGCUCGCAAUGGAAGCAGCCGCGCUUCCAUGAGCAGUCUGCUUUUGGCGAAUACAUUCGCUACGACUACGAGCAAUACAUCAAGGAGCUACCAUGUGCCGAAGCCAACGGUUUCCCUGGCGUGGAAGUCAGCAACUGCCAGGGCAAAUUCAUCAGACAUUACUGGUUCGAAAAGACAAACGUCAAAUUGGAUUUCCGAGAAAACAUCAUGCAAGCGCUCACGUUGCCGAUACAAAAGGUCUUUGCCGACAACAUUGGCGGCGUUAUAGCAGAACAAAAGGAGAAUAUCAUACAAUGA